GGGGCGGGGCUCGGCCCGGCCCGGGGGGCGUGGCCUGCGGCGGAAGGGGGCGGGGCCAGCGCGGCGCGCGGCGGCGGCGAUGCUGUUCUACUCCUUCUUCAAGUCCCUGGUGGGCAAGGACGUGGUGGUGGAGCUGAAGAACGACCUCAGCAUCUGCGGCACGCUGCACUCGGUGGAUCAGUACCUGAACAUCAAACUGACCGACAUCAGCGUGACGGACCCCGAGAAGUACCCGCACAUGCUGUCGGUGAAGAACUGCUUCAUCCGGGGCUCCGUGGUGCGCUACGUGCAGCUGCCUGCCGACGAGGUGGACACGCAGCUGCUGCAGGACGCGGCGCGCAAGGAGGCGCUGCAGCAGAAGCAGUGACCCCAAAACCGGGGGGAACCGCCCCAAAAUCGGGGGGGACCCGCCCUGAAGACCCCCGGGGAUCGUCGACGACAUCUGCAGAGACCCCUCCUCAAAAUUUGGGGGGAUCCCACCCGAAAUUCCGGGGGAAUCACCCCAAAAAUCUGGGGGGGUCUUCCUGAAAAUCUGCGGAGGACCCCACCCAAAACCCGGGGAAAUCACCCCAAAAUUUGGGGGAAUCACCCCAAAAAUCUGGCGUGAUCACCCCAAAAACCCCGGGGACCCCUCCCCAAAAUCUUGGGGGGAUCCCUCCUCGAAUUUUGGGGGGAUCCCACCCAAACUUCCAGGGGGAUCACCCCAAAAAUCUGGGGGAGUCCUCCUGAAAACCUGCUGAGAACCCCACCCAAAACCCGGGGAAAUCGCCCCAAAAUGUGAGAGGAAUCACCCCAAAAACCCCGAGGGGAUCCUCCUGAGAAUCCCAGGGACCCCUCCCCAAAAAUUUGGGGGGAUUCCACCCGAAAUUCGGGGAGAAUCACCCCAGAAUCUGCAGGGACCCCCUCCCCAAAAUCGGGGGGAAAUCACCCCAAAAACGGGGGGGAAUCGCCCCAAAAAUCGGGGGGAAUCGCCCCAAAAUGUGAGAGGGAUCACCCCAAAAGCCCCGGGGACCCCUCCCCAAAUUCUCGGGGACCCCUCCCCAGCCCGGGGGUCCCCGGCCUCUUUUGGGUCCCCAAUAAACGCCCGGCCCCGCC